AUGUCUUUCAAAGAGUUCCCAUUCCUAGACUCGGAAGAGUUCGCCGAGGUUUGUCAUCACUUUGACAGUCAAUAUUGCCGCGCAACCUUGGGUCCCCUCCGCCAGCGCUGGAAGUUGAGGCUUUGUACAGCAUUAGACACGUCUUUCGCUACUGGUGUUGAAUACACAACGUACUUGCAAGUUACACGACCACUUGAAGCCACAUUGGACUAUGGUGACCUCUCGUCGUGCCUGGACAAAUUUACGUUUCGAGAAGGAGAAGAUAUUGGAUUGGAUGAUGAGGCUAUGGUAGAUGCCGAGGAAUCUGACGAGGCUGCUCUGUCCAAACCACGCGUCCCUGAUGCUGGGCACGUCGUCUAUGAGGUACAUUUGCAUCCAACUUAUCGGAUGCCAUGCCUCUGGUUUACAUUGCACGGGUUGCCAUCGGACGAGCCAGCUUUCAACCUUGAUACCGUCUUUCGAAGGCUCGUUCCCGAUCAGUUUAAAGACGCGCUUCGUAAAACGGGCGGGAUCGGGGGUAUCUCAGGCGACCACCACCCCGUCACGGGACUUCCCUCUUUUUUUAUCCACCCAUGCCUUCUCGGGGAUGCCAUGUCGGGGUUUGAUUGUUCCAAGGAACAGUAUAUGAUGCUUUGGUUGGGCUUGGUGGGUGGGUGUGUAGGGCUUUGGGUGCCCAAAGAGAUGGCUAUCGAUAUGUCUGGCUGA